UGUUGCCUCGCAGCAGCAAAAAUCUAGGUGGUGUCAGCCUCUGCUUUAUUCUUCUUCGAGAUUCAGCACAAUCUACCAGAACACAAACAAAACCCUAAAUUGCGGCUGUAUCUUAGUCUUGCUUACAGCCCUAAUUUCUCACUGAAAUGCUUUCCACUGCUUCCAACUAUAAGUGAGAUUUGAACCGAUCAUUUUGGAUCUGCUGAUUUCCUUUCUCCCGAAGUUCCUUAGCAGAGAUCGAGAGGUUGAUGGUCAUGGCCAGGUCGAACCAUCAUAACAGACUUCCUCUUCGAGAACGGAAGAAGCGGUGGGUUGGAUGCUUCAAAGCGUUGUCUUGUUUCGGUUCAAAGAAAGGAGAGAGACGAAUCGUGCCAGCUGCUGCUGCUUCACGAAUCCCUGAAGGGAACGUUGCAACUGCUCAAUCAAAUCAACCUCAAACAACAACGGGAUUUAGUAAUCACACUACAGCAAUGCUUGCUCCACCUUCAUCUCCAGCUUCUUUCUCACAUUCUCCUGCUCCUUCCAUAGCUCAGUCCCCAAACUGCCUGCUUUCCUUAGCUGCCAACUCUCCUGGAGGUGCUUCCUCCGCCAUGUUCGCGACAGGGCCUUAUGCUCACGAGACACAGUUGGUUUCACCACCUGUUUUCUCAACUUUUACCACGGAGCCAUCUACUGCACCUUUGACACCUCCUCCUGAGUUAGCCCAUCUCACCACUCCUUCUUCCCCUGAUGUACCCUACGCCCGGUUCUUGACCGGGAAAGCCGAUUGUAUUUCUGGCAGUCUCAGAUCUCCAAUCUCAGGAGAUGGUCUUCGAUCCUCAUCUUUUCCCGAACGUGAGUUCUCACCGCAUUGGGAUUCUUUGGCUUCUCCAAGAACAGUCAAAUGUUCGAGGAGCGACUCUAGUUAUGCACAAACACCUGAGACGAACACUACCCCAAAGGCGUCUCAAGGUUCAAAUUUCUUCUGCCCUGCAACGUUUGCUCGUUACUAUCUUGACCAUGAUGCUCCGUUUUCUCAUGCUGGUGGAAGACUGAGCGUUUCGAAAGAUACGGAUGUUUACCAAACUAACAGAAAUGGUCAACGCAUUUCCAAGCAAGAUAUGGAAGAACUUGAAGCAUACAGAGCUUCCUUUGGUUUCAGUUCAGAUGAUGUCAUCUCUACAAGCCAAUAUGUGGAGAUAACCCAUGUUCAGGAUGACUCAUUGAGACCUCGUAGUACCUUGGAUGCGUCAAAAGAUGAAGGGAUUAAUUUGUAUGGCGCAGGGGAAGCUAGCUUGAACCUGCAAAAAAGUGGCAACUUACAAGACCCGCUCGAUAUGCACAAUGAUCAUAUGCGGAGAUCAAGCACGCCGGGUAAUGGAGGUCAAGCGAAGACAAGUAGAAAGUACAAGACGGGUCUGUGCAGUUCGGAUGCAGAAAUCGAUUACAGAAGAAGUGGACGAAGCUUGGGGGAAGGCAAAGGAGAAUUUGCUUGGCAUGACUAAGAAACCCUUCUUGCUGAUCUGUAGAGUUUAGUUUUGCUUUCGUUCUUUUGGGUUAUGUUCUGUGUUGUUUUUAAUUGAUUUUUUUUGUAUAUUAAAUAGAGAAAUUCCCUAUAUGAUAUUUUGUCACAAGAAUAACUUGAAAGAGGAAAAUGACCAAAAAAUGUUUUAUU